AAACUGGAUGAACUGGGGUCUGCUGCUACUUGUCAGAUUUAUGGACUUCAAAAGCGCUCAGGUGAUCAGCGAGCAACAGAUAUAUUGAACCUUAUGCUGAAGCAUCCAUCACUUCGCGUUGCAUAUAUUGAUGAAGUUGAGGAGACGCAGAAAGACAAUAAAAGCAAGAAAGUAUACUACUCUGUCUUGGUAAAGGCUGUCGACGGGCUUGAUCAGGAAAUAUACAGGAUAAAGUUACCAGGUCCAGCUAAACUAGGGGAGGGAAAACCGGAAAAUCAAAAUCAUGCAAUUAUUUUUACGCGAGGCGAGGCUCUUCAGACGAUUGAUAUGAACCAGGAUAACUACUUGGAGGAAGCAUUCAAGAUGCGAAAUCUUUUGGAAGAAUUUCAUGAAGAUCACGGGGUGAGGCCUCCUAGUAUUCUUGGUGUGAGGGAACAUAUUUUUACGGGAAGUGUUUCUUCCCUGGCGUGGUUUAUGUCGAACCAAGAAACAAGUUUUGUCACUAUCGGGCAGCGGGUGCUUGCGAAUCCAUUAAAGGUGCGGUUCCAUUACGGACAUCCAGAUGUAUUCGACAGACUCUUUCACAUAACAAGAGGUGGCAUCAGCAAAGCUUCAAAAGUUAUCAAUCUGAGCGAAGAUAUUUUUGCUGGGUUCAAUUCAACUUUGCGACGAGGAAAUGUAACACAUCACGAAUACAUACAGGUCGGGAAGGGCCGUGAUGUUGGACUGAACCAAAUAACACUUUUUGAGGCAAAAGUAGCAAACGGGAAUGGUGAACAGACUUUGAGUAGAGAUAUCUAUCGACUCGGCCAUCGUUUUGAUUUUUUCCGCAUGAUGUCCUGCUAUUUUACAACAGUUGGUUUCUACGUCAACGCCCUGAUCGUGGUGCUCACAGUCUAUGUUUUUCUCUACGGACGGCUGUAUCUAUCAUUAAGUGGCAUGGAGAAGUCGCUGUUAAAAGUUGCAAACAUGAAGAAAGACGUGAGCCUGCAAGCUGCCUUGGCCUCCCAAUCGUUGGUUCAGCUUGGAUUAUUGAUGGCACUUCCAAUGAUCAUGGAGAUCGGUCUUGAGAGGGGCUUUCGUACAGCAAUCAGCGACUUCAUCAUAAUGCAGCUUCAACUGGCUUCCGUUUUCUUUACCUUUUCUCUCGGCACCAAGGUUCACUAUUUCGGUAGAACGAUACUGCACGGAGGGGCAAAGUACAGAGCUACCGGCCGAGGCUUCGUCGUUCGUCAUGAAAGAUUUGCUGAGAAUUAUCGGUUAUAUUCGAGAAGCCACUUCACCAAAGCGUUGGAACUCAUGAUCCUGCUGAUUGUCUACGUAGCUUAUGGUUCGUCCGGGAAUGGUGCGGUCGCUUAUAUGUUCAUCACGGCUUCUAUGUGGUUCCUGGUGGUCACCUGGCUAUUCGCUCCCUUUCUGUUCAAUCCGUCAGGUUUCGAGUGGCAAAAGAUCGUGGAAGACUGGGACGACUGGAACAGGUGGAUUGCUAACUCGGGAGGAAUAGGAAUUGCCGCGGUGAAGAGCUGGCAGUCCUGGUGGGACGAGGAGCAUUCCUAUCUCAACCACACAGGCUUGCGUGGUAGAAUCAUGGAAUCUCUCUUGGCGAUACGCUUCUUUCUGUAUCAGUAUGGCCUCGUCUACCACCUCAACAUCACCAGCGGUCACAAGAACAUUCUGAUAUACGCUCUGUCGUGGCUUGUGAUAAUCGGCAUUUUGAUCGUUUUAAAGAUCGUGUCGAUGGGACGAAGACGCUUCAGUGGUGACUUCCAACUCAUGUUCCGGCUCUUAAAGGGGAUGCUCUUCAUGGGAUUUGUUUCGAUAAUCAUCAUACUCUUCGUGGUGGUUGGCCUGACGGUCGGAGAUCUCUUUGUCACGCUACUCGCGUUCCUCCCAACUGGUUGGGCCCUCUUGCAGAUAGGAAUGGCGUGCCGGCCACUGGUGGAAUCGAUGGGCUUCUGGGGCUCCGUCAGGGCCCUGGCACGGAGCUAUGAGUUCUUCAUGGGGCUGCUCAUCUUCACGCCCGUUGCGAUCCUGGCGUGGUUCCCAUUCGUGUCCGAGUUCCAGACGCGGCUACUCUUCAACCAGGCCUUUAGCCGGGGCCUCCAGAUCUCUCGGAUCCUUGCGGGCCGGAAGAAACUCGGUGAAUGAAACAUCGACCAUAUCACCAUGACACUCCUGCAGAGGAAAGAUGUCACAGUUCCUCUCGUUUUGCAGUUUUGUACAAAACGGAACUUUACAACGAAUAUGAUCACUAACAGACACAUUUUGUA